AUGCUUGGCUUCGGGCCCGACAGGUUGCGAGCCGAUAUGAAUCGUUUACUUGCCUUACUCUUCCAUCAAGGAGUAUUGGACGAGCAAUUCUUACAACUACAACAACUCCAAGAUGAGAGCUCUCCAAAUUUUGUAUCAGAAGUGGUCAACAUUUACUUUCAAGAGUCAGAGAGAUUGUUGAAAAACCUCAGAGCAUUAUUAAUUGACAGAGAUUUAACAGACUACAAAAAAAUGGGAAACCAUUUGAAUCAGUUGAUGGGGAGCAGUUCAAGCAUAGGAGCCAACAGAGUCAGAAAUGUUUGCAUUGCAUUUCGAGCCAAUUCUGAACAAAACAACCGUGCUGGUUGUUUGAGAGCAUUGGAAGUUCUUGAACAUGAGUAUUGUUAUUUAAAGGGCAAACUUCACGAGCUGUUUCAGAUAGAGCAGCAAAGAGUUUUGGGUGCAGGAGUUAGGUACCCAAUGCAGCAGAAUUGA